AUGUCCGGCAACGACCGCAUGCAAUCAACCCUCACCGAUUCAUACUUCUCGGCUCCUUCCGAUGUCAACGAUGGCAACCAAGAAUGGACUGAUGAGCCCAUGUCGAUGUACGACGAACCAGAGUCCGAGUCUAACUUACUAGAGCAAGGAAUAGAGACCACGCACUUUCUCAUUGAGGAAGCGGUCAAUAAAGCCCUUUCAGACAUGCCUAUCCGUCUCAUUGACACGGAAACGGGAAUGCUGCAAGACCACGGCGCUAUCAAAGACAACAUCAUGAAUCAUCCCGAUAUCACGUCCAUAACGCGUGGCGACGUCCUGAGCCAAGACCUCCAACGUGCAGGAAUUUCCCUAUAUGCCUCGGAAUCUAUCGAUUCUAUUGCAAGCUUCUUCUCGAAGCAGCAGAAGCUAUCUCUCGGACGCUCCGCCUACGACUUGAACGUACCAUACGAGCUCUUCAGCAACUUCUUGAAGAUCGCCUUAGCAAAGGGCGCUGCAACAAACAUGCAGGUCGAGUCUCUCGUAUGGAACAGGGCCAGCGUCCUCGCAGGACACGACCUCCCUCGCACAGGAAUCCUCCGCUCCCUUGUUCUAGAGGUAUACAAGCAUAUUGCUCGCGUCGUCGAGUUCACGAGAGGAAAUUUGGAUGGCCGUGUCCGCAACCUUCUCUCCUACGCCAUGUUUUCUCACCGCUGGCUCAAGCACGAAGAGGUCCUGUUUUCAGACUUGAAGCUGGAAGCCAGCAUUUAUAAAGUCGAUCUCGCAGGCCGACGAUUGCGUGGUUUGAAGAAGCUCCGGGAGUUCUGCUGCACAGCGUGGAAGCACGGUUUCCGGUGGGCCUGGGCGGAUACAUGUUGCAUCGACAAAGGGAGUAGCAGCGAGGUGCAGGAGUCUAUCACGUCGAUGUUCAAUUGGUACCAAAAUUCUGCGCUCACUAUCGUCUACCUCCAUGAUCUCCCCGAUCCGAGCCUGGCCCAAAGAAAAGCAGUAAGUUGCCUUCCACGUUCCCUGUCGCGCUUGACCGCCAGGGCCCUCGCCUCAGCCCGAGAAGAUGUCCUCCCCGACAAGGAUGCCCUAGACGCGCUUCUACGCCACAGGCUCGGCCACUGUGAAUGGUUCUACGGUGGCUGGACCUUACAGGAACUACUUGCGCCGAAGACGCUUCGCUUUUACUCCAAGAACUGGCGAACCUUGGAGCGUGCCGAUGACUCCCGACGUCUCUUCAACCAGAAGGACGACCCCGAAUGGCUCGCAUCCAUCAAACGCGUUACUGGAAUCGAAAUUGGAUAUCUCACCUCAGACGGGUUCAGUCCCGGCCUCGCUAACUGGGACGUCAAGCACAAGUGGGCAGAAGAGCGCGAGACGGAGCGUCCAGAGGACAAGGCGUACUGCCUUUUAGGCAUAUUCGACGUCACGAUGGACAUUAGGUAUGGGGAAGGGGAGAAGGCGCAAAAGCGAUUAGACGAAUUGAUGAGGUGGGAAGGGCCUCAGACGGGGCACGGCCGGAGGACAGCUACAGUGAGAGCGAGCGGAGCAGCAGAGGACCUGGUUCGCGCUGUUUCCUAA